AUGGAGCGCCACAAGCAGGCCGUGACCAAGAUCGCGGCCGCCGUCCGCGGCUUCUUCGACAAGCGCGAGCCGUACCGCAUCCUCCACGGCUCGACCAACAGCACGCGGCCGCGGCCGGGCCAGGCCGGCACCGUCGACAUCAGCUCUCUGCGCAACGUGCUCUCGGUGGACCGCGCCACGCGCACCGCGCUCGUCGAGCCCAACGUGCCCAUGGACCGGCUCGUCGAGGCGACGCUGCCUCACGGGCUGGUGCCGCCCGUCGUCAUGGAGUUUCCCGGCAUCACCGCCGGCGGCGGCUACGCGGGCACCGCGGGCGAGAGCUCGUCGUUUCGCCACGGCUUCUUUGACGACACCAUCAAUUACGUCGAGAUGGUGCUCGGCAACGGCGAGGUGGUGCGCGCCUCGCGCGAGGAGCGCGCUGACCUGUUUCGCGGCGCUGCCGGCGCCGUCGGCACACUCGGCGUCACGACGCUCAUGGAGCUGAAGCUCGUCGAGGCGAGAAAGUUUGUGCAGACGACGUACCACCGCACCAGCUCCGUGGCCGAGGCUGUCGCGCGCGUCCGCGCAGAGACGGAGAACCCAGCCAAUGACUAUGUCGACGGCAUCCUCUUCUCAAAGGACCACGGCGUCGUCGUCACUGGCCGCAUGACCGACGACAUCCCCGCCGACCGCAAACCCCAGACCUUUUCCCGCGCCCUCGACCCCUGGUUCUACCUGCACGCCCGCGACCGCACAAAAGCCCUGCCCUCUGCAGCCUCCACAACCGGCAACGGCGGCAGCAGCAGCGACGCCGUGGCAGACGCCAACACCUCCUAUACCGACUACGUACCGCUCGCCGAGUACCUGUUCCGCUACGACCGCGCGGGCUUCUGGGUCGGCGCCCAGGGAUGGACCUACUUCAAGCUGAUGCCCUUUAACAAGUGGACGCGCUGGUUCCUCGACGACUUUAUCCACACGCGCAUGAUGUACCGUGCGCUGCACGCCAGCGGCGAGUCGGCGCGCUUCGUCGUCCAGGACCUGUCCCUGCCGUACCCCAACGCCGAGGCCUUUGUCGACUACACGGCCGACAAGUUUAACAUUUGGCCUCUGUGGCUGUGUCCGCUCAAGCCCACCCAGCAGCCGACGUUUCAUCCGCACACGGGCCUCACCGAGCCUGCCGGCACCACCGCGUCCGGUUCGCCCGCCGCCGCCGCCGCCGCCGCCACGACGACGGCCGAGACGCAGCCGGCGCCCAUGCUCAACAUUGGCCUCUGGGGCUGGGGCCCCGCCGACUUUGACGAGUUUGUCGACAAGAACCGCCAUCUCGAGACCAAGCUGCAGGAGCUCGGCGGCCGCAAGUGGCUGUACGCGCACACGUACUACUCCGAGGAUGACUUCUGGACCAUCUACGACAAGCCCUGGUACACGGCGCUGCGGCAAAAGUACGGCGCCACCACGCUGCCCACCGUCUACGACAAGGUCAAGAUUGACGUCGAGGCCAACCGCCGCAAGAGGCAGCAGACGACACAGUCGCUCAAGGGCAAGUGGCCCGUCGGCGGUCUGUACGGUAUCUGGAAGGCCAUUCAGAGUGGCGAUUAUCACCUGCAUAGACGAGCCGAGUGGAAGCACAAGGAGAAGAAUUAA